CUGUGAUGAUGAAGACACUGGGGAAAUCUCAAGAUCAGAGGACCUCCUUCCAGGAGAUGCCUGCCUGCUGAGCAGAGCUGAGGAGCAGCCUCCUGUGGAAGGGUCUGCAGACCUGGAGCCAGCACAGACUUCCCCAGGGAGUUUGGGUGAGAUGGACUCCCUGGGACCUGAGAAGGAGCCAUGGCACGAGAGUCAAGGGAGGUUCCAAAAGCAGAAGGAGAAUGUAGCCAUGAGUCAGGACCAGUGCAUCCCCCUAGGGAGGAAGACACACCACUGCACUGAGUGCUGGAAGAAUUUCAGCUGCUUGCAAGACCUGUCCCAGCAUGAGUGUGUGUGGCUCCACUGCACCAAGUGUGGGGAGAGAUUCAGGCAGCUCUCCGACCUGGCAAGGCACUGGUUAGUACACACAAGGGAGAAGCCACACCAGUGCUCAGAGUGUGGGAAGAUCUUCACUUACUUCUCCAGCCUGGCUCGGCACCAGCGUAUCAACACGGGAGAAGCCAUAUCAGUGCCCAGA